AUGUUUGGUGUAGUCGUAACUCCUCCACUCAAUGAAGCGGAGAUUAUGCAUGCUGUUUUUGUGAACGAGAAAGAGCCAUUGUUAUUCAUCAGGAAAACAUCAGGAGUGCAAUUUUCAAGAAUGAGUAAGCAGGAACGAAAGGAAAUGGAAAAAGCUCAAAAAAAUAAAUCUGUGGAUUUUGGUGAUUGGAUUGAAUUUGAACAAUGCGACAUUGCUAAUGGAUGCAUUGCUAAGUACCAAAAAAUAUAUCCAUUGAAUCCUUCACGGAGCGACGGAGAGAACUUACAGAUUGAAUCGGUCUGUGUUUUUCCACCUUUGGGUCACGGUUGGGAUAACUUUUGUUAUUGUCGACUGUUUGGUAGAGUGGCAGUUGAUCCAGAGUUCAAAAAUUGUUUUCUUGCUGAUGUUGCCUAUCGGCAAGUAACACGUAUAUCAUCUCUCAGUGUUAGUUUCGGUGAGUAUAUCGAUGUAGCAGAAGAUCAGAAUAUUGUAACUGAGGUGCCAUGGAAUCAUAGAGACCCUCGUUUCGUCGCUACCGCUGAUAGUGAUAGUGAAAAUGAUGCAGAAUCAAACUAUUUUAGCAAGUUGAUGUAUCCUUACGAGGUAUAUGAUGUGCAAGGGGUCCUGAUUAGCGAAAGAAAUAUUUAUAGUGCAGAUUAUCCAGAUGUCAGAAUUGUGCUAGCUUAUGUUAAACGUGAGCGGCGUACACCAGUUGGCGGUCGAAUGUAUUUUACUGCCUACUACAGCGUUCCUCUACAAUCAUAUGUUGUCCGGUCUUAUCGAUCUUUUGAGCAAAAACCUUUCAUUGUAAAAUUAUUCGAUUUCGGCUCACUAUUUUUGUUAGAAGUGAAUGUGAAAUGGGAUCAAGAUUUGCCAAUGGGAUAUCUCUGGAGCAGAAAUAAGGAAUUGGGUCUAAUCUAUGAUUCGGAUGGAUUAUUGGUACCUGCAUUGCUGGGCAAAAGUCCUUAUGCGUCGGUCCAUGUGUAUGUCGCGGAUACAGGCCCUAGUCGCUUAAGUCGUUUUUCAAUAAAAGAUCUGUCUGAUGCAGCGACUAGAAGGGUAGAUGCAGUGACAUGCAAUGGAUACACUGACAUAUCAGAUAGUGGAUUAUUUUUGGGAAAUGAUUCCGUCCUGGCAUCUCGUUAUUACUGUCUAAAAAUUGUUUUUGAUGAAAAUUCACAAGAAGGGUGGAAAAAAUUACGUCCGGGAACAUGGAUCAAGUUCACAGCAGGGAGUAGUUGUGGAUUGCCUAAUUUUAAAGUUAAAUCUUGGAGUACCGCGAUUGAUCCACUUUUGUUGCCUGUUCGAGUGAUCCCGAUUAGUAAUGGUUACGCAUUCAAAGCACGUGGUUAUUUCGAACAAGAGUUAAGUGCUGUGAAAUCGCCCAUAUUUGGUUUCAUCGAAAUACCCCUUAAUAAGCGAUCUUCAAUGGUUCCAAAAGAAAAAGGUGUUACAAUUAUUUGGGUACGCGAAGAUAAAGCAAAUACAAAAGCUCGAUUUGUGCUUCAUUCAUUAACUGUUCCAAAGCCUCUGGAAGCCGAAACGAUGCAAGGCGUCCAAUCCCCAAAUGCAGUGAAUGGUGUUGAAAAAGACCCUAUAAUUGGAGAGAUUCAGCCGAUCGUACCUUGCAAAAGAAUUGAGUGUGCUGGCAGAAUUCUGCUUCAGCGCUGUUUAAGGAAUAGCGACGUUAAGAAAUAUCUUAGUGAAGCAUCUCGUGAAUUUUUGUAUUCAAAAAUAGCAAAGCUGUUGGAAUUGGAGAAGCCGAUAGCUGGUGAACCUUGUACUUCAACAGAAGGAAUGUUUGGAGAUAUUGUUAUAUCACCUUAA